ACUGCCCUCUCUCCUUCCCAGUUCCUGAGGCGACAGCAGGUUCUUCAGUUAUACAGAAAGAUCCUGCGGGCUAUUCGUGAGGUCCCUGCUGAAGCAGAUCGCCACUACUUAAAGGACUGGGCCAGGGAGGAAUUCAGGAGAAAUAAGGAUGCUACAGAAGAGGAUGUGAUCAGGAUGAUGAUUACUCAAGGCAACAUGCAACUUCAGGAACUUCAGAGAACACUUAAGCUGGCAAAAUCCUGA